CGACGAGACAUUAAUUGAUCAUCAUGCGCCUCCACGCCACGAUGACUAUCGCCGUGCUGUGCCUGCUCCUCUUCUCCGGCCGCCUCGUCGCGGCGAGCAAGUCCUUCAGCGGCGGCGGCUACGGGGGAGAGACCGGCGGCGGAGAGAGCGCGGCGGCGGCGGAACCGCCACCGGAGACGGCUUACCAGAACGCCGAGCCGGCGACGCCGUCGUCCGAGUCGUCAUCAUCGUCUACCCCGUCGUCCGAGUCGUCGUCUACCCCGUCGUCCGGCGGCGGAGGAUACGGGCUUGACCCCGCCGGCGAGCCGGAGAACGGGAUGAACCAGAAGGCCAUCGACGACAUCCUCAAGGAGCACAACCUGUUCCGUGCCAAGGAGCACGUGCCGCCGCUGGCGUGGAACGAGACGCUGGCCAAGUUCUCGCAGCAGUACGCGGAGACGCUCAAGGGCCCCUGCAAGCCCGUGCACUCGACGUCGCCCUACGGCGAGAACCUCAUGUUCGGCACCGGCGGCAUCACCUGGAAGACCACCGUCGACGAGUGGGACGGCGAGAAGAAGAACUACCACUACGGGUCCAACACCUGCGACCCCGGCAAGAUGUGCGGCCACUACACCGCCGUCGUCUGGAAGAGCACCACCACCGUCGGAUGCGGACGCGUCAAGUGCAACAACGGAGACACCAUGAUCAUGUGCAGCUACUGGCCUCCGGGCAACUACGACGGCGUCAAGCCAUUCUGA